CCGCCUCUGGGUGGUUCUCCCCAUCGUCCUGAUGAGUAUCUCUCUCGGCCUGAUCCGCCAUUACCUCGGACGCCUGCUGCGGGGGGAGAGGAGAGCGGAGCUGGAGCAGCUCUCGGACAGGUCUCCGGCCCCGGCCGACAGUAGCCGGCCCGUUCCCUGCGUCUCCGGCCCCGGCCGACAGUAGCCGGCCCGUUCCCUGCGUCUCCGGCCCCGGCCGACAGUAGCCGGCCCGCUCUGUAAAUCUCAACCGAGACGCACUAACGCUAUCGAUAGUGACGCAGUCCCGUCUGUACACACUAACCUGAUUAAAAUGAGCACAGUUGGGUCAAUACAUGGCAAACCUGGUCAAUACACUAACCUGGACUAUGAUAACCCAGGUCAAAGUUAACCAAACCAGCCAGGUGCUGCACCGAAGUAAGCUCCUCCGAGAACAUGGAACAUACCUACCUCAGCAGUCAUUCAUGAUGAGAAAGCACUUCUUCAACGAUGCUGAGUCUGGGUUCUUUAAGAGGACAAAAAGGAAAGUGGUAGCUAGGAACCCAAUAACAGACCCUCGGAUGCUGACUGACAUGUUGAAGGGAAAUCUGACCAACGUGCUUCCGAUGAUCCUGAUUGGGGGCUGGAUCAACUGGGCCUUUUCGGGAUUUGUCACCACGAAGGUCCCAUUCCCGCUGACUCUACGGUUCAAGCCGAUGUUGCAGAGAGGAAUUGAACUGGUCUCCCUGGACCCCUCCUGGGUCAGUUCAGCUUCGUGGUAUUUCCUCAACGUGUUUGGCCUGCGCAGUGUCUACUCCUUAAUCCUUGGCCAGGACAACGCCGCUGAUCACUUCCAUGUUCUUCAGCAGCAUAUGGCAGGCAGUGCAAUGUCUGUGCCCCCAGAUACCAACAGAGCGUUCAAGGCCGAGUGGGAAGCUCUGGAGAUCGUCAAUCACCAGUGGGCCCUGGAAGCUGUGGAGGAUGAAUUGAUGGGCAAAGAUUUGAACCUUGAAGAGUUCUACAGCUCAGACCACCCUCGGAACAUGCUCUGAGCACCGACCCGCCCUCGCUGCGGCUCCCUUACCAGCGUUUAUCCCUAAUUUAAAUCAGGUAGUCUUACACAUUAAUGAAGAUCCAAGUGCCAUCCAACUCUGUGUUCUCAACCAUUGUCGGUGGGUGCUUGUCUGGGACUCCUCUUACGAUCAAACCCACUAACAGCCUUGAAUAUAACCGCUCGAUCCCCCUUCCUGAUUAAAAAUCCCUCUCUCUCAGCCUUGAAUAUAACCCCUCGAUCCCCCUUCCUGAUGAAACAUCUCAGCCUCGAACGACCCAGCCCCGACAGCCGUCUGCGGUAAAGAAUUCCACAGACUCACUCCCCUCGGAGGGAAGAAAUUCCUCCCCGUCUCUGUCUUCAAUGGGCCCCCUCCUCUGGUCCUAGACUCUCCCACACAAGGUGUGGGGGGGAAACGAUCCCUCCACAUCUCCCCCUGUCAGGUCCCCCUGAGAACCUCGUACGUUUCAAUAAGGUCGCCUCUCAUUCUUCUAAAGUUAGGCACAGUUCUGGUCACCACACUCCCCAGAGGGAAUGUGGAGGCUUUGGAGAGGGUACAGAAACAGUAUUCCACCCGCUAACGUUCCAUCCACUGCCUCUUCGUGUUGCAGUUACCCCUCUCCCUCGAAAACCCUCCCUUUCAAGAAUUCCGAUUGAAUCCACCGUCCAGCGAGUCCUUUCCCAGUUUCCCAACUUUGCCCUGGGGUUGCAGUGACAACCAGAGAUUGAGACAACAUCAAGCCAGCCUUUGUUCAAAGUAGUCCUUUUUUUUUAAUAUAUAUAUCUCUCUCUAUAUAUAUAUAAUUUGUAUGUACAAGGCUGUUUUAACAGUAAAAAAAAACCCAUUAUUUGUAAAGCAACCAUUAACUUAACAAAGAGAAAUCGGGCUUCGA